AUGUCCUCUGACCCCUCUGAGACACCUGGUACCCUACAUUCCGAUGGAGCGGACCCCCACGAGACCGUUGCCUUGACGCCCCCAAGACCGUUGGUCACCCUGACCUCGCGGCCUCGCUCGCAUAAUCCGUCUUCACAUCGUCGGGCAAACACUGAAUAUAUUGCAAAACCACCCCUAAUUGACGAGGGCAUCGAAGACACCCUAUCGGAUCGCUCAAAGAAUACCCCCUGGACAGAAACCUUCCCGAGGAAGAAGUUAGAAGCAAGGGCCAGGGUGUUAUCAGACUGGUUCCAGGGGAAAUCAGAACCAGUGGAGUUGGGACUGAAAAUGGGCACCAACGGUGGUCCAGAGGUGACGAGGAUGGAUUCCCGUCCAACCCCAGCAUCCAUGACACACAAAAGACAACAUUCAACCCCAGUGAUGAAUCGCUUUUCAUUUUUCGGCCUGCGACGAGAACCCAGCAAACCUAAUUUCCCAGAGCCCGCAGAUGAUGAAUUCCUGAACCUAGAUAUCACUGCCGCCCUCUCAUUACCCGCAACAGACAAUACCAACGAUGAGGCACUGGAUGCCCUACGAGAUCAUGUCGACAAGGUGUUGCGACGGAUGCAAGAGGCCUAUAAGCAACGCACAUUCGCCAUGCACCAGGCCUCGGCAGAUAAGAAUGAGAGGCAGGAGGAGCUCGAAGAAACUCGCGCCCGAGUCGAUCAUCUAAAGAUGCAGCUGGACGGCAUGGCCGCCAAGGUGCUCGAUCAAGAGAAAGCCAUGCAGGCCAUGGCCGAGGAGUUAGAGCAAGAAAGAGAAAUGCGAAAGACAGAGGAAUUCCGCAAUCACAGUCGGGAAAUCUGUACCGUCGAUGAGGACAUCCCAUCCAUGGUGCUCCAAACUCCUCGGCGUGGUGGCAAGCGGGCUAGCCAUAGCACCUUCACCAGCGACUCAGGCUUCGAGUCCGGUGAUGAGAGCGUUGUCGAUAGCAUAUUCUCACAGCGUGAGAGUGUCGAGUCUCCCACGUCCAUGUUGACAGGGCCGUCUCCUAGUAUCUCGCAGGUCGCCCUGUCUGCGCCGACUGGUGCGGCACCAAUGCCCACAAUCCAGAAGAAUCUGGUUGCAGUCACUAGUGCACCACCCCCUGCACGUUCAUCAACGUACGAUCGGGUGCUGAAAGGUCUUGCUUCAACGCGCUUAGGUAGCUCUUUCACUGGUGGCAACACCCCCAAUUGCACCAUCUGCUAUGGCGUGCCGGCAUCCGAAGCCUGGAGUGUGAUGGGGGUCCUGCAAGAGGAGAAUCGGGGGCUGAAGACGCGUUUGGGAGAACUCGAGGUGGUCAUUGAUGAUUGCCUGGGUCUCGUGGGUCCUUGA